AAGACUAGUUAAGUACUAGAUGAUACUUAAUCUCUUGCGAGCCACAGACAAAAAGUUCUCACGAGUCAGACAUACUGGGUGAAUGCACCAAAAGAUUGAGGCUGGGAGGUUAAUUUGAUGGAAACAACAUUACAGCAUGUUUUCAAACGUGAACAGCAAAACAACCUACCACUUCUGCUAGGAGGUACACUUAUAGUGAAUUCAACUGUUGUAUACUGAAUUAUAUCUAGUGUCCUGAAUCUUGCUGUCAACUGUUAGGUCAAAGAAGAAGACAGUCACGUAUGCAGUACAAGGCUGCUAACAAAGCAACAUUCAGUUGACGACAAGACACAGAGUUUCUAAGCUAUGAGUGACGGACAAGUCGGAUGGAAACAGAUCACUGUAGUGUUCUGUGUGCUGCUGGUGAUACUGUUUGUUGGAGCUGGAAUCUUCAAAGCACUUGAGGAAAACUUCUACGACGCAGAAGAACUGCCGGAUCGAGUCCACAACGUGGAGGGCGUCGUGGAAGAGUUUGUGAAAAAUCACAGCGUGACAAACCAUGACGUGUACGAACUACUGCGAAGGGUAGACAUCGCGAGGCAUGGAUAUACUGACAGUGCUUUACAUGAGAAUAAAUCAGAAAACUACUUCCUUGACUACAUGGAGUCCUGGUACUUCUGCAUGACGAUUGUCACCACCAUCGGCUAUGGACAUAUGGGGCCUUUGACAGUUGCUGGAAAGCUUUUCUGUUGCAUCUAUGCCCUCAUUGGUAUCCCAGUAUGGAUAAUCCUCCUUACCCUUGUUGGAGCCCAACUGAGUGAUUCAAGCAGGUGGAUAGAGAAACGUGUGCGGGAGCUCCUGGUCAGGGUAACAAAGAUUCAGAGGAAAUUUCGAGCACCAGGACUGGCCAUAUCACUGACCAUCAUGGUUACUUCGUUUUUCUUCCUUCCUGCACUCGUCUUCCAUAAAGUUGAGGCCUGGACAUACCUGGAAGCCAUCUACUUCUGUGUUAUCACCCUGACCACAGUGGGGUUUGGGGACUUUGUUCCUGCUCUACCGACUGAAGACAUGAAUACAGCUGCUAACGUUGUCUACAAGAUUUCGGUGUUCCUGUGGAUCACAGUGGGUCUGGCCUUCCUUGCUGGAUCCCUCGAGAGGAUCGGAACGGCCCUGAAGAUCCUGGGGGAGAAGAUGACAGACAUGGACCUGGAUCCCGCCGAGGUCACCGACCGACCCAUCAAUGAGGUCAUUGGCGAAACAAACGAGGCCCACGAUGAUGAUGACAGCAAGCACGUAAACGGGGCAGACGACAAAAAUGGCUCUGAUAAUGUCAUCAAUGGCAGGAAGCCAAGGGAGGGAAAAGAGAUCACAUCACAGGAACUGACUGCACUGUGAUAUCCUGAAUCACAGGCAUCAGAUUAAUAUAUAUUAGUUUGAUAAGACCAAACUUAUUUAAUUCCUUGAUUCUUUGACAUUAUUGGUGCGCUUGUGGGUUCUAGGAGACCAACCGCUGCCACCACGCCAAUACGGAACGCAUGCGGUGUAGACUCAAGGACAACAGUAGGCGCAAUUCAAGUAACACAACAUGUUGACAACUAUACCAGCAAACCCAUAACGGUGGACAAAGGGUACCACACAGUGCGUGACGUAACCACUGUCAGACAAUACCACUUGUUACAAACCAAAUGUAAUUGUUCUUGUUAUUGGGUUAUUGUUAUUGG